AUGGCGGCGGAGCGGGUGGGGCGGCGGCAGGGCCGGGGGGGGGGUCCCGCCGCGGGGGCGGCCCUGGGGGGGCUCUCCCCGGCCCGGGGGUCCCCCGCCCGCAGCCCGGGGGUCCAGCGGCGACCGGCCCGGGCCACCGUCAAGUACAACCGGAGGGAGCUGCAGCGCAGGCUCGACACAGAGCUCUGGAUCGACGGCAGGCUCGGCGAGCUCUACCGGGGACGGGAGGGGGAGAUGCCGGACGAGCUGAACAUCGACGAGCUCCUGGAGCUGGAGACCGACCAGGAACGAGCCCAGAAACUCCAGGGAAUCCUGAGCUCCUGCGCUGCUGACACACAGGGAUUCAUCCAGGAGCUCCUGGAGCAGCUCAAGGGGCUCCCGAAGCAGCAACUCCUGCAGAGACCCCCCCCCCAACAGGAGGGGCCCGAGGCCCCCCCGUGACUCCCC